GACGUAAAGACGUAGAGACGUAAAGACGUAGAGACGUAAAGACGUAGAGACGUAAAGACGUAGAGACGUAAAGACGUAGAGACGUAAAGACGUAGAGACGUAAAGACGUAGAGACGUAAAGACGUAACGGAACGAAGUAAAAGCGUAAAGACGUAAAGACGUAGAGACGUAGAGACGUAAAGACGUAACGGAACGAAGUAAAAGCGUAAAGACGUAAAGCCGUUACGUCUUAACGGAUCGGACAGGCCUCAGAAGAUGAUUGAUCCUUUACAUAAGUGAUAGCAUUUUUGCCCAAUUAACAAAGUAAAUUAUUCUAGCCUUGAAAUCAACUUUUGAUUCCGGUCAUGCAGCACAACGUGAAGACGAGAAUGAAACUUGUGAACUUCACGGGAGGCUACUACUACUUAUCCUGUUUCGAUUUUCUGAUAAUUUCUAAUUUCCUCUUAAUUGUUUAGAUGUAUCACGGAAUCAAGACAAAAUUUCUUAUGAAUUAGCAACUACACAUAAUGCGGUAAUAAUCUAUCCAGAGAAUUCUCUCGUGUGAAGAAGUGUUUCAGCUGGCACAUAGCAUUAGCUUAUCAUUUUCAGAAGAUGAACACCGUUUUGUACUUCAUGUUCGAUUCGAACAGAAAACACAAUACAAAACGGAUCAAAGUCGAUUACAAAGACCUUCUGAUCGUUUGAUACAACCUCUACCUUUAUCACUUGACAAUUCGUAAGUUUUUUCUUAGUGGGCGCAUAAAGAGAUUAGCUUUGUUUGAUUUUUAGAAAAAGAAAAAAGAACCAAAAGCAAACUAAAUCGAAAGCAUGCGCUAUUUACAUUCAAGCGAUAAAACCUCCUCAUCGCAAGCGUGGCAUUUAUCCUAAACUACAGGUAUCAUCGCAUUACAGGGAGCAGUCCGUCAGAGACAAGUAUCCGCAUUUAUGUUCCCAUUAUAGGUUCCCAAUCGAUAUGCUACGUAUAUUGAAAACUGUGAAUCAGUAAAAGUUCACGUUGCAGCUGUUAUUAAAUUGGUCAAUCGAAAGAUUUGUUUAAACCCUAUGAAAGGUUUUUUGAUUAGAAUCGACACACCACUCGUAAACCCAACGGAAAUUAUUUUAACAGCUGACAAUGUCGACACAAAUAUAUAUGAAAUAAAAUUGAAACUGUUAAACAUAGCUGGUGCUCUACAUAAAACUGGCUGGCCUUAUAGAGUGUUUGAUGAAAAUUUCGAUUUUGAUAACCGAAGUGUUAUAGAAAAAGACGAUCAAGGUAUGCACAAAAAAGUUAAACGCAUAAAUUCCGAACCACCAAGUCCAUGUAGUCCAAAUCCAAAACGAACCAAAGAUGGCUCCAAAGACACACUUGACGAUUUAUUAGAAUGA